AUGGCCAGCAAGCUCUGCAGGAGCCGGGCGUUGGCCCAAGCCCUGCGACCGGCAAAGCCAUCCGUCCAGAGCGAAGCUGCUGCUGCGCGAUGCUUCUCCGCCACCGCGCGCGCCGGCGUCGGCUCCUACGCCGUCAAGCUCCCCAAAGAUGCCAAGAACUUCCGGACAGCAGAACGAGAGAAGCUCGGCUCCCUCGAGGCGCCCAUCGUCAACCCUGCCGACAAAUACCAGUCCAAGGCCGACAACCUGCACAGAUACGGCGCCUGGCUGAUGGGCGUCCUGCCCAAGUACAUCCAACAGUUCUCCGUCUGGAAGGAUGAGUUGACUAUCUACAUCUCACCGUCCGGCGUCAUUCCAGUCUUCUCUUUCCUCAAGUACAACACCGCCGCCGAGUUCACGCAAGUCAGCGAUAUCACCGCCGUCGAUUUCCCCACGCGAGACCAGCGCUUCGAGGUCGUGUACAAUCUGCUCUCGAUCCGCCACAACAGCCGGAUCCGCGUCAAGACGUAUGCCGACGAGGCUUCCCCCGUGCCGUCCAUCACGAGCCUGUACGAGGGCGCCAACUGGUACGAGCGCGAGGCAUACGAUCUUAUGGGGGUCUUCUUUGUCGGCCAUCCUGAUCUGCGGCGCAUCAUGACCGACUACGGAUUCGAGGGUCACCCGCUGAGGAAGGAUUUCCCGGUGACGGGAUACACGGAGAUCCGGUAUGACGAGGAGAAGAAGAGAAUCGUGACGGAGCCUCUGGAGCUGACACAAGCAUUCCGGGACUUUGAGGGCGGCUCGAGCGUGUGGGAGCCGGUGGGGACGGGUAUUGACAGAAAGCCCGAGAGCUUCAAGCUCCCGACGCCCAAGCCGGAGGAGAAGAAGGAGGAGCCCAAGAAAUAG